AUGGUCCGCGCUACUCCCGCCAUCCGCACCGCUCUCCGCCCCGUCGUCCGUGCCCGCCCCCAGCGCGCUCAACAGGUCCGUUUCCGGAGCACCGAGUCUACCGAUAGCGCUCGCGACAAGGGUCCCGUCAAGGACUUCAACAAGACCGGUAACACCAACAAGCCAUGGCUCUACGCAGGCGUUGCUGGCCUCACCCUGGGCGGCAUCUACGCCACGAUGAUGGGCAAUCCCGACAAGGCUGCUGGCGCCGCGCAGAAGAUUGAUCAGAAGCUUGAUUUCGUUGCUGAGGGGAAGAGUGCGCCUCAUACCCCACAUGUUGGUGACAGGAAGUAA